AACAAAAAGAUGGCGGAUGAGAACGACGAUUUUCUCAAACCAAAGCACAUAAAAUUCUUUGAGCGAUGCUUGCAAAUACUUCCCAGUAGAUAUAGUUCGCUUGACACAAAUAGGAUGACGAUUGCGUUUUUCGCCUUAUCUGGUCUUGAUCUUCUCAAUGCAUUGGACAAAAUAAAAAAAGACAAAGACAGAAUUGUUCAGUGGAUUUAUUCCUUGCAGAUUAUUCCAAAUGAAGAUGAAUCCAAUAUUUGUCAGUGUGGAUUUCGAGGAUCAUCAACUAAUGCAGUCAAAGAUUCUCAGAAAACGGGAGACAAGUUGCAGCUGGACAGUGGACAUAUCGCCAUGACUUAUACUGCUAUAGCUUCUCUUCUUAUCCUGGGGGACAAUCUUAGUGGAGUUAACAAGUCAGCAGUGCUGCAAGCUCUCAGCCAACUCCAGCAGGAGGACGGAAGCUUUUGUUGUGUACCGGAAGGAAGUGAAAAUGACAUGCGCUUUGUUUAUUGUGCCGCAUGUAUUUGUUACAUGUUAAAUGAUUGGUCAGGAAUGGAUGUUGAAAAAGCAGUUCACUUCAUUCAAAAAAGUCAGUCAUAUGAGGGUGGGAUAGGACAAGGCCCUGGUCUAGAAGCUCAUGGUGGAUCAACAUUUUGUGCAAUAGCAGCAUUAGUACUUAUGAACAAAUUAGAGACUAGCUUUACACCCAAACAAUAUAAACGAUUACAGCGCUGGUGCAUUAGCCGACAACAAUCGGGGUUCCAGGGGCGACCAAACAAACCUACCGACACGUGCUACUCCUUCUGGGUGGGAGCGACACUGAAGCUGAUAGAUACUUACCAGCUAAGUAAUGUAGAAUGUAAUCGAGGGUUUUUGAUGGAGACACAAGACGCAAUAACAGGAGGUUUUUCCAAGUGGCCGGACCACACACCAGAUGCCUUACACGCUUACCUCGGUUUGGGAGGUUUGUCUCUUCUCGGGGAGGAAGGUGUGCUUGCCAUGCACGCAGCAUUAAAUAUCAGUCAAAGAGCUAGUGAACACCUUGACAACUUACACUCACAAUGGAAAAAUUAAUGAUACUCAGAUAUAGGUAUAAUUAUGUGACUGUUUACUUUUUCCUGUGAUCAUAAAAUUUUACAUGAUUUGUAAAUUCAUUCUUUAUAUUUUUAUAUCAUUUUGUAGUAUAUGUACACUUAUUUUGGCCAAUAUGAAACUUAGUGGCAUUUACUUAAAAAUGUGAAUUCAAAACUAUCUCUAAGAAGAAUGAAAUGACAGUUUAGACUCAAUGACAGUAUAUUUGUAGUUUUCCUCUUGACCAAACCUUUAUUGAUGCAGCUUAAUUUUAUGGUGCAUGCAUUUUUACACAUGCAUUGUAUUGUAAGAAGUUAUGUGAUACUUCUUUUAAAAGUCUCUUAAAAUGUUAUGUUUGUUUAAUAAAGCUGAUCAUCAAAUC